AUGACACAUAAUGAUUAUGAAUGUUUACAUAAAAUUCGAUAUCGAUGGCAAAAAGAACAACAACUUAUUCGAAAAAAAUAUCAAAUACCAUAUAAUAUGACUUAUAUAUCUAAACAAUGUUUUAAUAAAUAUAUUUCUAUCACAUCAAAAGCUGAAUCUAAUAAUCUUAAAACAAAAAUUGAUCGAUUAGAUAAACAUAGUUUCAAUAUAAAGUAUUGUUCGAAAUGUCAUUUAAAUUUAACACAAUGUUCAUGUUCGAAUCAAUUAAAUCAAUGUUUGAUUAAUUUAAAAAAGAAAUCAUAUUCAACAGAUAAAAUAUCAAAAAUUUCUUCAAUAAAUUUUCUUUAUAAACAACCUAUGAAUAGUGAUUCAAGUUUAAUCAAUAUUUCAUCUAUUGAACGAACAAAUUCAAUAUAUAAUAAAAAGCAAUAUGUUUUACUCGAUUGGAAUAAUCGUCAAUCGCUUAUGAAUUUUAUUCGAACAACUCAACUGAAUAAAAAUCUUUCAAAUAUGACAAUCGAACAAUUACAUGAAUUAAUCAUUCAUCAUGAUCAUAUUCAUAUAUUUCAUUCAAUUAUUGAUUUAAUAUGUUCUAUGAAUAAAAAAGAACGUCAAGAAUUUCUUUGCCAUAUUUAUAUUGAUCCAUUUUAUUAUUCAACUAUUCAAGAUACUAUUCCAUUAUUUCAAUCAAAAUUAAUUGCUGAUAAUAUUAAUCUUGAUCAUGUUCUACAUAGUAUUAAAAAACUAGCAUUUUUACUUGGUAUAAAAUUUGAUCAAUCUAUUAAUAAAAUUUUACCUGAAAAACUAUCAAUAAAACAACGACAAUCAAUAUUAAAUCAACAAUCACUAUUUAUUGCAUCAAAAAUUCCUUAUAAUACUUUUGUUCGUGCUCAAUAA